GUGAGCGGUGUCCUGGCGUUCCUGCUGUGCCUGGGGCUGAAGCGUUUGAGCGUCGGCGGGUCGCUGUUUGCAAGUGGUUUUCUCGGAAAGCUGGCAGCGGCUUUUCCACCCAGGUUCUGCUUAAGGCCGAGCAGAGGCGUGGCUGUGGGUAGGGAGUCGGAGUGGAAGACUCGGCUGGGCAGGACCCGGCACCGUAGCCUCAGACCGGGCUUCUGAAGGGAGAGGCCGAAGCAGGGGAGUCCAGCCCGGGAGCUGUCCGAGCAGCCCAGCAAACCCGGCGGAAGCUGCUGUGGGGCGACCCUGACGCCCAGAGAACUGCUGGGCAGAGGUGGCGCGAGGUGGGACUCAAAUGCUGGAGGAAGGAGCAACCUUACAAGAGAUUAUCCUACAGAUGAGAAAAAUGAGACUUAGGUUACAUGAUUUGCACACUGCUGGUGACUGGUGGAUCUUGGAAACUUGAAAGUCUGUUACACCAUAAUGCCUCCUUACAUCAGAGUGAAUUGAUGGAAUUUCUGAGUACCACCUUCUUCAGAUACUGCCCUUCCCCAAAAGGAAAGCACAAGAGAGGAAAGGAUGGCUGCUGGUCUUCUCACAGCUGGGCCCCAGGAGGGGUGGAGGCACCUGGUCCCUACCCCAAGGGACAGAUUCAAGGAGGGGAUACCAGAAAAGUCCAGGAACUUGGUCCUCCUGGGACUUCCAGUUUCCCAGUCUGGUGUGAACUCGCAGUUGGAACAAAGGGAAGGCCCAUGGAUGUUGGAGGGAGAAGACCUACGAAGUUCCUGUCCAGACUGGAAGAUUAUACUUGAAUCACCUCCAGAGCAAGCCAGUUCUGAAGAAUCAUCUCAAGACACAAAUGUAGAGAUGGCCCCCAGGGAGUCUGACCACAGGAUCAGUGAACUUGGGAAGAGCUUCAAUCUGAGACCAGUCCUCUCUCCACAACAGAGAGUUCCAACAGAGGUGAGAACUCGCAAAUGUGAAACACAUGCCAAGAACUUCAAAAAGAAUUCAGAAAUAAUAGACCCUCACAGAGUGAAACCAUACACAUGUAAUGAAUGUGGCAAAGCCUUCAGUUACUGUUCUUCCCUUUCUCAGCACCAGAAGAGCCACACUGGGGAGAAGCCCUAUGAGUGCAAUGAAUGUGGGAAAGCCUUCAGCCAGAGCUCAUCUCUCAUUCAGCACCAGAGAAUUCACACAGGAGAGAAACCUUACAAAUGUAGUGAAUGUGGGAGAGCCUUCAGCCAGAAUGCGAACCUCACAAAACAUCAGCGAACUCAUACUGGAGAAAAGCCCUACAAAUGUAGCGAGUGUGAUAAAGCCUUCAGUGACUGUUCAGCCCUUGUUCAGCAUCAAAGAAUUCAUACCGGGGAGAAGCCCUAUGAAUGCAGUGACUGUGGGAAGGCCUUCCGUCAUAGUGCAAAUCUUACGAACCACCAGAGGACUCACACUGGGGAGAAGCCCUACAAAUGUACUGAGUGUGGGAAGGCCUUCAGUUACUGUGCAGCAUUCAUUCAGCACCAGAGAAUUCACACAGGGGAGAAACCCUACAAAUGUAAUGCGUGUGGAAAGGCCUUCAGCCAGAGUGCAAACCUCACAAACCAUCAGAGGACGCACACUGGAGAGAAACCCUACAAGUGCAGCGAGUGUGGGAAGGCCUUUAGCCAAAGCACAAAUCUUAUAAUCCACCAAAAGACUCACACUGGGGAGAAGCCAUAUAAAUGUAAUGAAUGUGGGAAAUUCUUCAGUGAGAGCUCAGCCCUUAUUCGACAUCAUAUAAUUCACACUGGAGAAAAACCUUAUGAGUGUAGUGUGUGUGGAAAAGCAUUUAACCAGAGUUCAUCCCUUAGUCAACAUCAGAGAAUUCACACUGGCAUGAAACCAUAUGAAUGCAGUGAGUGUGGGAAGGCCUUCAGGUGUAGCUCAGCUUUCAUUAGACAUCAGAGACUGCAUGCUGGAGAGUAACUGGGAACAUAGAAGUGGGGAGAACCCCCCCCACAUGCCAACUCAUGACAGAUGGGUGAUCUCAGAUAAAUGCUCAAGGCCUAGAAGCAUCUGGGGACACCUAGAUUUUAGUCUGUAGCCCAAUGCCACAUGCAAAAGCACCUUUAAUAAACAGUCACUAUUUUACAUGUUG